CGAGACCAACGGUCAAACCGCGGUCUCAAGUCAGUCAAGUCGGCGGCGGCGGCGGCGGCCCUGCCCGAGAGGGAGAGAGAGGGGCCCCCGAGCAACACCACACCCCCACCCCCCGUGUCUUCAGUUUUCAAGGCCUCAGAAGAAGGAUGAGGCAGUCAUGCUCAACCACCUGAGGGGAUCCACCAGCCCUCUUUAUAAAUGUUAACUCAAUAUGACUGACAACAAAACAAGAUUGUUUUCUCUGGGCACCAGUUAUUGACCUGAAAAUGUUAUCCAGGUUAAACUGAACUCCUCGACGUGAGAGAUUGCUAGCAACAUCCUCAUCUUGUGAUCUUUUGUGAAUUCCUGCAACAUUUAGGACUUCCGGCUACAAUGAAGCUGAAACAGCGUGUUGUUUUACUUGCCAUCCUUCUUGUUAUUUUCAUCUUCACAAAAGUGUUCUUGAUUGACAAUUCUGACUCCUCUGCUAACCGAGAGGACCAUCAUUCUUUUCAGCAUAUGAUGGACAAGCUAAAGAUUGAAUUAAACCCAAAUCUAGAGCACACACUACAGUCGCCUUGGGAGAUUGCAGCGCAGUGGGUUAUUCCUCGAGAGGUAUACCCAGAGGAAACACCAGAGCUUGGAGCCAUUCUACAUGCCAUGGCUACUAAGAAGAUUAUUAAGGCUGACGUGGGUUACAAAGGAACACAGUUGAAGGCUCUGCUUGUUCUGGAAGGUGGACAGAAGGUUGUGUUCAAGCCCAAAAGGUACAACAGACAUUAUGUGGUGGAAGGAGAACCAUAUGCAGGUUAUGACAGACAUAAUGCAGAAGUGUCAGCUUUUCAUCUGGACAGGAUCCUGGGAUUGCGGCGUGCUCCACUGGUUGUUGGAAGAUGCAUAAACCUUCGCACUGAGAUCAAGCCGGUUGCCUCUGAGCAGCUUCUGAGCACCUUCCUCACAUUGGGCAACAAUAGCUGUUUUUAUGGGAAGUGCUAUUACUGUAGGGAGUCCGAGCCAGCCUGUGCUAACGGAGAUAUCAUGGAGGGAUCUGUUACACUAUGGCUACCAGACAUAUGGCCAUUACAAAAACAUCGACACCCAUGGGGCAGGACAUACAGGGAAGGAAAACUAGCCAGGUGGGAAUAUGAUGAAAGUUACUGUGAUGCAGUAAAGAAGACCCCUCCAUAUGAUUCAGGUCCUCGUCUCCUGGAUAUUAUCGACACUGCAAUAUUUGAUUACUUGAUAGGCAAUGCGGACCGACAUCACUAUGAAAGUUUCCAAGAUGAUGGUGGUGCAAGCAUGUUAAUUCUCCUAGACAAUGCAAAAAGUUUUGGGAAUCCCAGUGUGGAUGAGAGAAGUAUCCUGGCAGCUGUGUAUCAAUGUUGCAUCAUUAGAGUGUCCACCUGGAACAGGUUAAACUAUAUGAAGAGUGGAGUUCUCAGUACUGCUAUGCGGACUGCCAUGUCACAUGACCCCAUCGCCCCUGUUUUGACAGACACCCACUUUGAGGCAAUGGACCGGAGGCUGAUGGGUGUCAUAGGAACUAUCAAGCAGUGCAUUGAACAGUUUGGGACAGAUGUGGUGCUGGUGGAAGACAGAAUGAAACUGUCUCACUUGAAAUAAAUAGGUGCUUGAAACAUGAAUCGGAAAAUACUACUGUUCUGCACUUGUCAAACAAGCAUCGACAGUACAAACUGCUCGGUACGGAAUCACAUCUUCAAGAACUUUAAAAAAGUGUGUCUCCUUUCCCUUUAGGGAUAGAAAUAAUCUGGAAAAGUAGGAUUAUUCCUUGGACAGAUAUUGGGAAAAUCAGUCAGCCCAAGUGAUGCACUGAUGAACGUUGUUGCUAUCUCUAAUAGCUUCACUCAGUGUUUACCACACUAGCAAAUUUUUUCUUUUUUGGUAUCAUCUUGUAUCAAAUUAUGCAGAUCUGCCCUAAUUGGCAUACAGAUAAUGAAACUGCUUAUGAUAAUUCUUUCAAUACUUGAUGUUAACUCCUUGUAGUGGAGUCUGGGCCCUCACACUGUCACUUGAUUUUGUUUUGCAUAGAACGGUUUGCCUGGAUUUUUCAGAUGAUAAAUUUGACACCCUAAUGGGCAAGUUAUGUUGUGUUCAUGAUUACUGUAUAAAUUGAUGAAUAUUUAAAAAUCUGCUCAAAUGAAAUUUUGCUUAGUCCCGAUCAAUCCACUAUGAUGU